CCACACACUUCUUCACGUAAAAUUGCACCCAUAAUCUUCACAUAACUAUCAAUCACUCCAAGCAAAAUCAAUGGGGAGAACACCUUGCUGCGACAAAACUGGCCUCAAGAAAGGUCCAUGGACACCCGAGGAAGAUCUCAAGCUUACUAACUAUGUUCAGAUUCAUGGCCCUGGCAAUUGGCGCUCCCUCCCUAAGAAAGCUGGGCUGCAAAGAUGUGGAAAGAGUUGUCGUCUGAGAUGGACGAACUACCUUAGACCUGAUAUCAAGAGAGGAAGAUUUUCGUUUGAAGAAGAAGAGACGAUAAUCCAACUACACAGUGUCUUGGGCAACACAUGGUCGGCUAUUGCCGCUCGCUUGCCGGGAAGGACCGAUAACGAGAUCAAGAAUUACUGGAACACUCAUAUAAGGAAAAGGCUUCUGAGAAAUGGGAUCGACCCGGUGACGCAUGCGCCGCGACUCGAUUUUCUCGACCUUUCCUCGAUCCUGAACUCAACUGUGUGCGGCCAGUCGCUUGUCAAUGUGUCAAACUUGUUAGGUGCACAAGCUCUCCUAAACCCUCAACUGGUACGGCUAGCCAACACUCUCUUGUCGUUGAAACAAGACAACCCGGAAAUACUCUUACAACAUCUCCAGCAAAACCAGCAGCUUUGUGAUAAGUCUCAAGAAAACCUAGCUCCUCCCUUGUUACAACCAAACCAGCAGCUUCAAGUUCAUCCCUCGGCCUGCUCGACAUCGACUACUGUUCCUUGUACUUCGAUGUUAAGCCAAAUGGAGCCCAUGCAAACAUCUGGAGAAGGGUUUUUCAGCUGCUCAAAUUCCCAAGAAACGUUUUUUUCAAAGCCAAAUUAUAUUCAGUGUGGUCCGAAUCCGACUGUUCCUCUCGUGUCAGAAAACACGAACUACCAAUCACUGGAUUCUUUGAGGUCUACGCUGAUAUCGAGUCCCACGCCUUUGAAUUCGUAAUCGACGUUCAUCAACAGCAGCAGCAGCAGCGUGGAUGAAGAGAGAGAAAGCUUCAGCAGUUUGCUCAAGUUUGAAAUUCCUGAUGGUUUGGAUUUCAGUGAAUUUAUGUAAAUA